CACAUAAAUGGAUUAUCCCAACUGUUGUAUAUCCACUCGUUGCAAGCAAUCCAAAUCCUCGUAAUAUAUCGUUAACUUCCCAGUCUCGGAAUUUUCUGGUCGCCAUUUGGGUUACAAUCUUCUCCCAAAACUUUUGUUUCGGUAUACCCCAAUUUCACCAUUAAUAUCAAACGCAAAUGCCUGUUUCGGCUGCAGCAGUGGGCUCAGUUUCAGCCUUUCUCUCGCGUUUCUUGAGCAGCGAGAGUGCAGCUGUUGCAAACUCCCAACCAUCUUUGAGCCUCUCGCGCAGUUCAUCAGGCAGAAGGCAGCCAGCGUUGGGUGCCCCUAAAGUCUCAAUCUCCAGUGGCAGCAACACUAAAACUGACGGAGUGGUGGAUCAGUCUUCUUUGUCGCCUGAUGAAAUAAAACAAUCUCGGAGGUCUGCUGACUGGAAAGCUGCAACGGCUUAUAAUGAGAAAGGACUCAUCUAUGAUGGCAGGAUUGAAGGUUUUAAUGGUGGUGGUUUGCUAAUCAGAUUUCACUCUCUCCUUGGUUUUCUUCCUUUCCCACAGUUGAGCCCUUCUCACUAUUGUAAAGCACCCCACAAGACAGUUCAAGAGAUUGCAAGAGAUUUGACGGGUUCUAUUGUAUCUGUGAAGGUAAUCCAAGCAGAUGAAGAGAACAGAAAAUUGAUAUUUUCUGAGAAGGAAGCUGUAUGGUCAAACUUUUCUGAUCAAUUAAAUGUGGGGGAUAUUUUUGAAGCUAAAGUCGGUUCUGUCGAGGAUUAUGGUGCUUUUGUUCAUCUGCUCUUCCCUGAUGGAAAUUUUCACCUUACAGGACUUGUGCAUGUCUCAGAAGUGUCAUGGGAUUUAGUUCACGAUGUAAGAGAUAUCCUUACUGAGGGUGAUGAAGUGAGAGUCAAAAUUAUUAAUAUAGAUAGGGAGAAAUCAAGGAUCACAUUGUCAAUAAAACAACUGGAAGAAGAUCCACUUUUAGAAACACUGGACAAAGUUAUUCCUCAGGAUUCAUCCCUCGAUUCAGAUACCUUGAAAGCAAGCAGUCAUUUUACCCUUGAACCUCUUCCUGGGCUUGGCACGAUAAUUGAAGAGCUAUUGCAGGAAGAUGGCAUAAACAAUGUGAAAAUUACUCGGCAAGGAUUUGAGAAACGGGUGGUUUCACAAGAUUUGCAACUUUGGCUAUCAAAUGCCCCACCUACUGGAAAUAUGUACACUCUACUUGCUCGAGCUGGAAGACAGGUGCAAGAAAUACAACUGACAACAUCGCUUGAUCAAGAUGGAAUUAAAAAGGCAUUGCAGCGCGUAUUAGAACGUGUGCCUUGAUUCUGUUGCUAAACUUUGAAGUAUACGAAAGUACGGGUCCAACUUCAAAUUGGAAGAAGAAAGAAGAUAGUGUUUUCCUGAUUUGUGAUUGCUUAAUGUUACCAAUUUGUUCAGCUAUUGUACAGAAACAUAUCCGAGGACAGUCAACCUCGUUAGUUAACUCCUGUACAUAGUUCAAACUUAUCGAGUUUUAUUACUGGCAUUUUGGAAAAAAUGUGUUUCUUUUUAUCAA